CAUGAGCAUACACCAGGACCAAGUAUACUAGGAGACAAAGAAAGAGGCAAAGCUAUCAGAAACCACUGUAAUGGCAGAUUCUCUAUCUCUUCCUCUAUGUGAAAAAACCAGUGUUAAAGUUUGUACACUGCGGAGAGCCCUAGAAAUUGUAAUUUCAUUCCUCUUCAUUUGUCUCCUUGCUUAUCGUCUCUUCUCUCUCACUGACGAUGGCAUUCCAUGGCUUCUCGCCUUCCUCUGCGAGUCUUGGUUUGCCAUCAAUUGGGUUCUCAACCUCAUCACCCUAUGGACUCCCAUGGAUUACAAAACGUACCCCAACAAUCUCUUGCAACAGGUGCCGGAGCUUCCUGCGGUGGACCUGUUUGUAUCAACGGCAGAUCCAGUGCUAGAGCCGCUUAUCGUCACGGUGAACACUGUCCUGUCUUUGCUGGCGGUUGAUUACCCAGCUCACAAGCUAGCUUGCUACGUAUCCGAUGACGGGUGCUCCCCCCUCACCCUUUUUUCUCUCAUUGAAGCCUCAAAGUUUGCUAGGAUUUGGAUUCCCUUCUGUAAAAAGCAUGACAUUCAAGUAAGGGCACCUUUCAGAUACUUCUCUGCGGACGAGUUCACAUUACGAAGUGAUAGUCCACCGGAGUUGCUUCUAGAACGGACAAAAGUGAAGGAUGAGUAUGAAAAUCUCUGCCAAAAGAUUAAAGAUGCAGGCCACCAUUCGGUACCCCUUGAUAUUUCUGAAGACUACGCAACUUUUGCCCACAAACAGACUAAUAACCAUCCUACAGUGAUCAAGGUAAUAUGGGAGAACAAACAAAGACUUUCAAAUGGAUUACCACAUUUAGUUUAUGUAGCCCGAGAAAAGCGUCCGAAUCACCCACAUCAUUACAAAGCCGGGGCGAUGAAUGUUUUGACCAGGGUCUCUGGGGUGAUGACAAAUGCUCCAUUUAUGUUGAACGUGGACUGCGAUAUGUAUGCCAGCAAUUCGAAAAUUGUUCUUCACGCAAUGUGCUUAUUGCUGGGUUUCAAGCAUGAAAAACAAGGUGCAUUCAUUCAAUGUCCCCAAAUCUGCUAUGACUAUUUGAAAGAUGACCCAUUUGGAAACUCAAUGACCUUGCCUUUAAAAACUUUUUGGCCAGGGAUUGCUGGGAUUCAAGGACCACUGUAUGCAGGAACUGGAUGUUUUCACAGACGUAAAGUUAUCUAUGGUUUAUCCCUACAAGAUAGUACGGGUCAUAUUCAAGGAAAUUUGGACGUUGAGGCACUGAAAGACCGGUUCGGAAAUUCCAUGGAGCUCGUUAGCUCAGCAACUAAGAUUUUAGCAGAAAAAAUUGAUCAUCCACAUGACCUAUCCAGUGCUGUUGAAGAGGCAUGUAAAGUUGCUAGCUGUGGGUAUGAGCAUAGCACAUCCUGGGGAAAACAGGUAGGCUGGAUUUAUGGGUCGAUAACUGAAGACCUUCUAACCGGGAUGAAGAUCCAUGCAAGGGGAUGGAAAUCCAUCUUAUGUAUGCUAGAUCCACCAGGCUUUGUUGGGUCUGCACCUAAAAGUGUGCCAGUUAUGCUAACCCAAAGGAAGAGGUGGAUCACAGGACUCCUAGAAGUUUUGUUCAGCAAAAACAGUCCUAUCUUUUCCACCCUCAAUGCCAAGCUCGAGUUCAGGAUGUGCUUGGCGUACAUCCGGAUCCUAAUAUGGGGCUUACACUGUAUCCCUGCUUUAUGCUAUUCUCUCCUGCCAGCCUACUGUAUCAUUACCAACUCUCAUUUCCUUCCCAAGAUAGGAGAACCGGCUCUCCUAAUGUUUGCGGCUCUAUAUCUUGCCAACAACUUAUACACUCUGUAUUUUUACCUUGAAUCUGGUCUAUCAAUCACUGCAUGGUGGAAUUAUCAAAGAAUGGGGCCACGAAGCACAGUAUUAUCGACAACUUCUUUGCUAUUUGGGACCAUGAGUGUGGUACUCAAGCUUGUGGGCGUUUCUGAGGUGGUAUUUGAAGUCACACAAAAGGAUGAAUACUCCUCUAGUGAUGAUAAUCAUAAUGCCAAUGAUGCUAAUGCUGGCAAGUUCACUUUCGACGAGUCUCCAAUAUUUGUACCACCUACGACCCUCUUGUUUGUGCACUUAACAGCGUUGGCUAUGAGAUUGUUGGGAGUGAAAUUACCAGCAGCUCUACAAGUGACGACAGGAGUUGGGGAGAUAGUGUGCAGUUUGUGGGUGGUGAUUUGCUUUUGGCCAUUUUUGAGAGGGUUGUUUGGGAAAGGUAAAUAUGGAAUUUCAUCGUCCACUAUACUCAAGUCGGGUGUGUUAGCUUUGCUUUUCACGCUCUGCUGUGGAAAAUUCUCAUUGCCAUUGUGAUGAGAAUCAUCUCUGAAUGUUUGGACAAUUUGGCAAGUUAAUUUGAAUAAUUACUAUUGUACUCUUGUAUCGUGCGUAUAAUAGUGGAUAAAUUUAUUUUACC